AUGGAUGCAGUGUUGGUAAAGAAUGAAGUUCACAGCAGCGGAAGGCGGGCUCACGGUGUGGCGAUCGGCCCAUCGGAGGGCAGGCAAGUUGUCAAAUGUAUCAAAAGGAGACGGAGGGAGCCCACGGUUGCCACCGACGCCAAUGGUGAAGUCGUCGAACGAUCUUCGCCUAGUACAACCAUCAAAAGGAGUUCAAGGUUUCGCGGGGUUAGCAGGCAUAGAUGGACAGGCCGUUACGAAGCACAUUUGUGGGACAAAAGCUCUUGGAAUAUAACACAAAGAAAGAAGGGAAAACAAGGAGCAUAUGAUGUGGAAGAAGCAGCAGCAAGAGCUUAUGACCUCGCAGCACUCAAGUAUUGGGGACCAACUACCUACACAAACUUCCCAGUAUCUGACUAUGAAAAUGAGCUCGAAAUCAUGAAGAAUGCUACCAAAGAAGAGUACCUUGCAUCGCUAAGGAGGAAGAGCAGCGGUUUCUCAAGAGGCGUGUCUAAAUACCGCGGAGUUGCACGGCAUCAUCACAACGGAAGAUGGGAAGCGCGCAUUGGAAGAGUUUUUGGAAACAAGUACCUCUAUCUUGGCACUUACAGUACUCAAGAGGAAGCUGCUCAUGCAUACGACAUUGCAGCAAUCGAGUAUAGGGGGAUAAAUGCCGUGACAAACUUCGAUUUGAGCACAUACAUCAAAUGGCUAAAGCCAGCUUCUUCGACACUCUCGGUUAUCACCCAGGAGCAAGCCUCAAUGAACCAAUUCUCUAUCAGCGAAUCCGAGAUAAUCUCAAGCAACAACCCCUUCAUCUCAGAUAGUAUGGUCUCACCAUAUAAACAAGAAUUCACACUUCCUCAGUUCCAUAAUAACGGCGGCUUCGGUAGAAGAGCCUCUCCUACUGCACUCAGCCUCCUACUGAAGUCGUCGAUGUUUAGGCGAUUGGUAGAGAAGAACUCUAAAGCCGUGGACGAAGUAGGAGUCUUUUGCGAAGGGAUCAAGGAUAAUGCGCCUUACGGCUGUUUCUCAUCAACUGUUGAUGGUCCUCAAAGCAUCAAACUGCAGGAGAAUCUUUCGUAUAAUUACAGCAGCGAACAGAUAAUUUGGGAUGGAGCUGUGAGCUUGUCUUCGAUGCAAUGA